AUGGAUAAUGCUUUCUCGAUUUUAGCUGGGAUUAAACUCGAUGGAUUGCACAACGUGCUCUUAUACGGUACACUCGUGCUCUGGAAGUCCAUGCCACCGGACGAGCCACUCCGGUUGUCUGCUAACCAUUCGCUUAUUGACAAGCGCUUCCACAUUGUGCAACUCGUAAUAGUUGGCUUCAUCAAGUAUCACUGGUACUGA